AGAGAGAGAUAGAUAGGUUAGCUCCUAGGAGCGUUAGCUUACCUUUCUCUUUAUAUUCACAAACACCCUUCUCAAUUCUCUCACAUUAAGCAAGAAAGAGACAACAGAAAACAAAACCACAACAUUUUCAUGGCAACCCAACAUGAAAAUUAUCAAACAGUUUCUGUUACAAAGACAGUUUCUGUGCUUCCAAAAUCACUUCACCUCCUGCACCCCCAGAAAAUCCUGAGCCUUUCAAACUUGGACAGACAGUGUCCUCAUCUUAUGUACUUGGUCUUCUUUUACAAACCAUCUCCUGCUUACAAAAACCUGUCGCUUAAUUUGGUCUUCAGCAGCUUGAAAUCUGGCUUGGAGGAGACCUUGCUGACAUGGUAUCCUGCAGCAGGCAGGUUGUGCCCUAAUCAAGGCAAUGGAAAGCUGGACCUCUGGUGCAACAAUGAUGGUGCAGUUUUAGUUGAGGCUGUGACACAUGUUAAGAUCUCAGAGCUUGGAGACCUCUCUCAGUACAAUAACUUCUUUGAGAAAUUGGUUUACAAGCCUGUUUUUGAUGGGAACUUCUCCAAGAUGCCUCUAGUUGUUGCUCAGGUCACCAAGUUUGGGUGUGGAGGGUACUCAAUAGGGAUAGGUGUGAGUCACUCGUUGUUUGAUGGACCUGCCUCCUAUGAUUUCUUGUGCGCAUGGGCUUCUAAUUCUGCAAUAUUUAUGAAAGGAAAAGGAUCAGGUGUUGAGCUGCAAAAACCAGUGCAUGAGAGAGGCAAAUUGUUGGUGGGAAAUUCUCUGCAGGCCCCAAAUAUUCUGACAAUUACAAAAUUAUCCAAAAACUCAAACUCACCCACCAGGGCUGCAGCCAUAGAUCAUCUAUAUCAGUUGAUAAUGCAAGCGGCUGCCAAUCUUUCUGACGUGGGGUGCUCCAGUCAAAAAAGUUACCUUCUUAGGACCUUUCACCUCAGCAGUGCAAUGAUAGAAAGCUUGAAGAGGAAAGUUUCUGGUAAGAGGGGAGGUAGCUUUUCAUGCUCAUCAUUUGAGGUGGUUGCUGCUCAUCUGUGGAAGACAAGGACCAGGGCAUUAGGGCUGGGGAAGGAAACAAUGGUGUGCCUGCAAUUUGCUGUGGACACAAGGAACAAGAUAGUGCCGCCAAUGCCAAAAGGUUUCAGUGGGAAUGCUUAUGUGCUUGCCUCUGUUGCUUUGACAGCAGGAGUAUUGGAGGAAGAAAGCCAUGAAAGCAUAGUUGAGAAAAUAAGGGAAGCCAAGAAUUCUGUGAGCAAUGACUAUGUGAAUGCAUAUGUUGAGGCACUUGAAGGGCCACAGGCUACUCUCCCCCCUCUAAUGGAGCUAACCCUAGUUUCUGAUUGGACCAGGAUGCCAUUUCACAAGAUCUCAUUCUUGCAUGGAGAAGCAGCUUAUGCAUUUCCACUGGUUCCUCCAAUCCCACAUGUCGCCUACUUUAUGCAGAGCCCUGCUGAUAACAAGGCCAUUGAUGUGUGGAUUGGGUUGCUUCCACAGGCCCUCAAUUCCUUCUCUCACCACUUCCUAAAUGGUGUGCAGUAAAAUAACUUAUUUUUGUUGCUGGUGAAGUUUAGUUAACAUGGUCUGCAAGAAGGCUACUAGAUAAAUUAUGACUGUUAUGUGUCAUAUUGAGUUGUUAAAAUACUUAUUUUCUCAAACAUAACGAAAACAAA